AUGGAGUCUGAAUCUUCAUCCUCCUCCACCUCCGGCUUACAAGGGUCACAACCCUGCCGUCACUUCCAUUUUUUAGAGAUUCAGCUUGCAACUAACGACUUUGAUGACUCCUUAGUAAUUGGACGUGGGGGUUUUGGAAAAGUUUACAGAUGCAAUGUUACCAAUGGACCAAGUCUUGUCGAUGCUGCCAUUAAACGCUUGGAUUCCAUGUCCAAUCAAGGAGCAGCUGAGUUCUGGACGGAAGUUGAGAUGCUAUCUAAGUUGCGACACUGUAAUCUUGUGUCUUUGUUUGGAUAUUGUAAUCAUGGAAAAGAGAUGAUCCUUGUAUAUGAAUAUAUGCCCAAUGGUACACUUGAAGAUCAUCUCCAUAAACUUGGYACWCCUCUUUCUUGGAUUCAGCGUCUCAAUAUCUGCAUAGGUGCUGCUCGUGGAUUGCACUACCUACACACUGGUACAGGGAUUCAGGUUGGGGUUAUACAUCGUGAUGUCAAGAGCUCAAAUAUUUUGUUGCAUGAAAGUUGGGCAGCUAAAAUUUCAGAUUUUGGGUUGUCCAAAAUCGGCCCAACGAAUCAACCAUCAACUUGUGUCAACACCCUUGUUAAAGGCACUUUUGGGUAUUUAGAUCCUGAUUAUUAUGCAACCGGAAAGUUGACACGGAAGUCUGAUGUGUAUGCUCUUGGCGUGGUAUUGUUGGAAGUGUUGUGUCGGAAGCGUGCUGUGGAUGCAACUCUUGAUGAGGAGCAAUGGAAUUUAGCAAGAUGGGCUCAAGAAUCUAUCAAAGAAGGAAAACUGAAGCACAUAAUUGAUUCUGAUAUAAAGGAUCAAAUAUCCCCAAAAUGUUUGAGAGAGUUUGUUCGAAUUGUAGUGAGCUGUUUGCACAACAAUCCAAAGCAACGCUCUACCAUGGCUGGAGUCGUGGCCAGUCUUGAGUCUGUACUAACCUUACAAGAGAAAUUCAAUAACUCACUGCAACCUGUAGCCAAUAGAACUAUAUUUGGUUGGAUGGUUGAUGUGUUUCCCUUCCUCACCAAUGGAGACAAUUCUGCCAAUUCAAAGCAAUCAAGUAAUACCAAGAGCAACAGCAGCACUGUUGAUAAUACUGUAGGGGCUGAAUACAAUAUGUUUCUGGGCAGAAGAGAAGUUCCUACAGAUUACAAAACUAAAAGUUUAAAAGAAUUUAAGUUUACUGAUCUGAAGAAGGCUACAAGUAACUUUAGUCCAAAGCUGCAGUUGGGUGAAGGAGGUUUCGGAGGGGUGUUUUUAGGGUGGAUCGACAAGAACACCUUCGCCCCAUCAGAACAUGGUGUUGGAAUUGGUGUUGCUAUAAAAAGGCUCAAUGGAGAAGGAGUUCAAGGACAUGCUGAAUGGCAGAUUGGGAUAUUUUUACUAGACGAUAAUGUUGGUAAUCUUAUUCAUGCUUGA